GUCCUUGACAUGCACCUUCCGGUGUUAACCCCUUAUUUUGUCCAAAACCCUAAACGGUUUGGGAAGACCGGAAGUGGUUUGCGAGUCACGUGGCUCGGACACGCCUCGUUGAUGGUCGAAAUGGAUGACGUGACCUUUCUUACCGAUCCCAUCUUCAGCCAACGGGCUUCCCCGGUGCAGUUUAUGGGCUCUAAACGUUUCCGGGGUCCUCCGUGCACCAUCGACCAACUGCCCAAAAUAGACGCCGUUUUGAUCAGCCAUAACCAUUACGACCACCUGGAUUACUCCACGGUCCUGGGUUUGAACGCACGCUUUGGCAGUGAACUCAGAUGGUUCGUGCCGCUGGGCCUGUUGGACUGGAUGCAGAGUUGUGGCUGCGAGAAUGUCAUCGAACUGGACUGGUGGGGAGAAAAUUGCAUUCCGGGCCACGACGCCGUCACCUUUGUUUUCACACCUGCUCAACACUGGUGCAGAAGGACUGCCAGAGAUGAAAACAAAGUUCUCUGGGGGAGCUGGUCUGUUCUGGGUCCCUGGAACCGGUUCUUUUUCGCCGGAGACACCGGUUAUUGCGUCGCCUUCGAGGAAAUUGGGAAACGGUUCGGGCCGUUCGAUUUGGCAGCGAUUCCCAUCGGCGCCUACGAACCAAG